AGCUCUCCGGAGAGCCCAGAGCAGCGGCCGGAGCCGGACGGACCGGCUGCUCCUCUGGAUUGCUCCCUCGCUGCCUGCAGCCCCGGGGUCCCUGGGCUCGGGGCUGCUUUGUCUUCCACCACACGCUUUCUCUGGAGGGUGCAGAGGGGACCAUGCCUUUGCCACCAUUGCUUGUCCUCCUGCUGCUGAUGCUGCUGGUGCCGGGAGCUGCGGCGAUGCAAGGCAGGGCUGGGCAGCCUGGGGAAGGCAGCGCCCACCAUGCCCAGGGUGCAGAUGGAGGUAGGACUCUGCUGACUAUUUCCCGGGACAGUCCAGAGGUCCAGGUGAUGAAGGAGAGGCUGCGCCGGGGGACAGAGGAUGACUCCAAGUCGGUGCAGCAGUACGUGCCAGGGGUGCGUGUGGAGUUUCCGCGGCCCCUCAACUCUGCCAACUUGCACCCAACCAAGGCCCUGCUGCCAUCCAGCACAGACCCAUCUGAGCAGCAACAAGGGGUCCCCACGGAUGGGGAGGGGGCAGAGCCUCGAGCCAACCUCACCACCGUAUCCGACAAACGGUUGCAAAUCCAGAACCCCUUGUACCCAGUGACGGAGAACUCCUAUAGCGCCUAUGCCGUGAUGUUCCUUUCGCUCAUCGUCUUCGCAGUGGGCAUCAUCGGAAACCUCUCUGUGAUGUGCAUUGUGUGGCACAACUACUACAUGAAGAGUGCCUGGAACUCCAUCCUGGCCAGCCUGGCUUUCUGGGACUUCCUCAUCCUCUUCUUCUGCCUGCCUGUAGUCAUCUUCAAUGAGAUCACCAAGAAGAGGCUGCUGGGGGAUGUGUCCUGCCGCAUCGUGCCCUUCAUGGAGGUGUCGUCGCUGGGAGUCACCACCUUCAGCCUCUGUGCUCUGGGCAUCGACAGGUUCCACGCAGCCACCAGCCCCCAGGCCAGCGCCCGGCCCAUCGAGCAGUGCCAGUCCAUCAUCGCCAAGCUGGCCGUCAUCUGGGUGGGCUCCAUGAUGCUGUCAGUGCCGGAGAUCCUGCUCUGGCAGCUGGCACAGGACACAUCACCCGUGUCUGGUGUGGUGACGGAGUAUUGCACCAUGAAGCCCUCGUCCAACCUGCCUGAGUCCGUCUACUCGCUGGUGCUCACCUACCAAAAUGCUCGGAUGUGGUGGUACUUCGGUUGCUACUUCUGCUUGCCCAUCCUCUUCACCGUGAGCUGCCAGCUGGUGACCCGGAGGAUCAGCGGUACCGAGAAGAAGACCGAGUGCCGAGGUACCAAGCACAGCCAGUGCGAGAGUCACUUGAACUGCACCAUCAUCGGGCUGACCAUCAUCUACGGGCUCUGCACCACACCUGAGAAUGUCUGCAACAUCGUGGUGGCCUACAUGUCCCCCGACAUGUCCAAGCAGACCUUGGACCUGCUCAACCUCAUCAACCAGUUCUUCCUGUUCUUCAAGUGCUCGGUGACACCUGUCCUGCUCCUGUGCCUCUGCAGACCCCUGGGCCAGGCCUUCAUGGACUGCUGCUGCUGCUGCUGUGAGGGCUGCAGCCCCGACACUGCCUCCAGCGAGGGCAGUGCUGACAGCAAGCUCAAAACGGAGAUGUCCUCCUCCAUCUUCUUUGACAAGCCCCGGGAGUCCCCUCCACCCCUCCUGGCCCUUGGCACGCCUUGCUAAAUGCCACCGGGGAGCUGUAGAGAUCGAUCCACCACCUCCUCCCAAGACCAAACAUUGUUUUGCCACUAGUGCUCAUGUCUGGACGUGGAGCAAGCAGAAGAGACAGCUCAGGGGGUUGCAAUAUGGGCUUCAAACCCCACGUCAGGCAAGUGGGUCUUGAAAGCCCAGUCCCUGUGGCUACAUUGGCAGCCUUCUUGCCUCUGCCCAAAGGCCAGCAGGACAUCAGCACCCUCCCGUCCCGGCUGCCUGGCCAGGCUCAGAGGGGUUGCUGCUCUGGAGAUGGAGUUGUGCCAGAAAGGUCCCAUCUGAAACUAUGGAGGGUUUCCGUGGUGGCUUGCCGAGGACGUAGCAAACACAAACUGCCCCUGUCCUGUCCCAUUCCCUCCUGCCAGCCCCCUCCACAGUAGGAGAAGGUCCCAGCGACUCUAUCCUGUUGGAUCCAAGCAGUGCCCUGUAAGAGCUCAAUAAACCAGUAACUUAGAGCACGUUGCGCUUGCAGCCAUCCAGCAUCACUGAGCAGAGCCCCGGGGAGCCAGCACUUGGGUCUUGGAUGGCUCUUCCCUAAAACCUGGGGUCUCUGGGGUCUCAUGGGUAGCUGGGGGAGGGCAUGAGGGCAGGAAAGCAACUGUGCCAGGUCAGGCAGCACCUAAAGGCAAUGGGGAAAGGCUCCCCUCCCUUGGGGGUGAUGCUGAGCAAGCUGGUGCCAGGCCAGCCCCUGGGAAGGUCCCCUCCAAAGCACCGGGCUUGGGGUGGUUUGUAGGCCUCAAACUGGUUCCAGUAAAGCCCAGAUAGCCCAGUACUGGGCUGAGGUGCUCUGUGGCCUGCAAGGCAGCCAAUUCCUCACCUGCACUGUGCGGGACCAAGGUGCUGCUCUGCAGUGCCGGGGUAGGGGCCAUGCAGGACCACCACCCCCAGCAUCCUUUGGGGAUCCAAGGGGCUGAGCACACCUCAUCCUAACAGCCCUGUGCAGGGCUCCUGGCCUUCAACUACCUGCCCAGUGCAGGAACAAAACUGUCCCAGAAUGGUGGUUUGAGGGCAUCAGGGUUUCCAAGCCCCACAUCCAUCCCCUGCCCAAAGCUCCUGCACCUGGCGGGGCUUUGGGGAGCAGCCCGGGCAGUGGGAUCUAGCUGAGGACAGGCUGGCCACACCAGCCUUGUCUGCUGGAGCUCUUAAAGCCCCUUGUCCUGCUGCUGGCGCCUGCCCCAGCCUGCAAAAUGCCAGGGCGAGGGAGACCGUUGCUAUGGCUGGGUGAAUGCAAGGGGCUCACUGUGGGCUUUGUGCAGCAUCGACACCCACUGGGCUUUGCUUUCACAGCCCUGUUUCCAGGAAACAAAAGCCCCAGUUUUCUUCCAACAGCACAAAAGUGGGUUUUUCCUUUCCUCCCCCCGACCAGCACUGGGCCCCAGCAUUUCGGAGCAGCCAGAGAAGGGGUCUCAUCCAGAUGUGGGGAUGGAAGCGGGGGGAGCAGAUCCCAGGCUCCCCGCUGUGCCCUGACCCACCUCGCAUCCCCGUGGGCAAGUGGGGUCCCUGUGGGGUUCAGUGGCGGUGGGAGGAAGGGAGCAGGAGCAGCACUCGUGCUUGGUCCGUGCCGCUCCGUCCUGAGCCCGGGCCAAGGGUGAACAAAGCCAGGCUUGUUGCUGCAGCCCCGUGGGGCUGGAUGCGUGGGGAGGA